CAGUGCAGUCGUGUAGUGUGAAGGUUAAAGCAAUCCGACAGGUGUUCCUUGUUCGCAAUUCAAUCGUUAAAUAUCGGGCAAGAACGACUAUUUUAUUAGUAACGCGAAAGACGGCAAUAAAAUUAAUUAUAUUGAAAAUAAAUUUAUAAUAGCUAAAAAAUUUGCUUUUAUUGCGAUACUAGUUGAAUAACAAAAGAGGAGAAGUUCAAAAUAUAUUUUGCAUAACCAUACGCCAAACAGGAAGCAAUACUGGAGUAUUGGGAAAUAAAAUAAUCUCUAACUGGCUUUGAAACGUGUUUAUAGCACUUACCCACCCUUUCAACUUUUCCAACAAAUAUGCUUCAAUCAGUAAUCUUCUGUAAGGGAUUCUUCUAUUUGGCGGCAUUUUCAGUGCUAACACACUUUUUAAUAGAGCCGGUGAUUGGAGUAGUCAAUGAAAAAGAAGAACAAUUCAGCAAUGGCGGGGUAUACAAAAAUGACUUUGAACCACUGAUAUUACACAAACGACCAUCUUUCUUUGUUGGCAGCCGAUAUGGCCGAUCCAGUGGCGGUGCUGCACUCAGCUCUUCGAAGACACGUCGUCUAAGUGUGGUACCUCGUAACGAUCGCUUCUUUUUGGGUUCACGGUAUGGAAAGCGCUCCGAAGAAAACUCCGCUGCAGAAUUCUAUUCGCCAUAUGAACAAGAAAAUCAACUUGCCAACAAUAAUGCUCUCAACUCUAUUAAUGGUUUAGCAUUGCAACAUACCACUGUUAGCAAAUACCCAUACGGUGAAAAUAAUAAUUUGCUGGAAAAGCAACAACAAGAACAAAUACAAACUCCUUCAAUGAUGUCUUGUGUAUAUACUGGGUUGAGGAACUUUUUUCGCUGUCGCAAUAUCGAUGAGAUCAAUAACAUUAUCAACCAGUUGACGAUUGCUCAUAGCGUCGAGGAGAAAAAGUAAAUGAUAUAUGAGCAUUAUUAAAAGUAUUAAGCAGUUGCGGAUUUACAGCAAUAUUAUGUUUGGUUCACUCAUAAUAAUAUCACUCGAUAUAUUUUACGGCUAUACCAAUUCUGAAAAAUGAUUAUGCAGUGCUCUCGCGUUAACUCUAAUACCCACAAAGUCGCGUUUUCUUCAUUGACUACUUCCUAACUCUUUCCUUGAGCUUGAACAAAAGUUAAAUACAAUUUAGAGAUUUUUUACCGAAAUCACACUUGUACGUCAGCACCCAGUGGCCAACAACAAAUAAAUAAGUGCGUUCUCCAAUGAUUAAGGACAAGUUGCCAACAAUUAAAUACCUAAUCAUUGAAACUAUUGAUGAAUCGGACGAGCUCGGUAUUUUGAACAACGCUGCUUUUAAUUUAUGUGAUUUCAAGCGAGUGCGCUGUAAUUAAAAAAAUAUGAGAAUAAAGCGAUGUGAACAUUUAUAAAGACUUCGCUUAUUAAAUUUGAAUAUAUGUACAUGCAUAUCUGUGUUGGAAAGCAAAUUAUGAAUAUUCUAAAGAAAUAUUCCGAUUAUUUCAAUUUAGAACUUAACAACAUUACCUAUAAACACCAUACAUAUGUAAUUUCGAGUGUAGAAAUGAGUUUAAAUAAAUUACGUACUCACUUGCAUAUGUUUACAUUUACUAAAUUAAUAUUUGUCUUUCCACCACAGAUUUUAUAUGUAACAAUUAAGCACACUAAAAAUCACUAUGAGAUUGGCACUUGUUUACAUAAAAAGUGAAAUUAAAAUUUUGAAAAGGGCUGGAUAAAUUUUAAUAGUCACGAAAUCACCAACUUAGAUACACUUCGAACGAUAUGUCUAAAAUAUAUAAUUUUUUUUCAAGAGCAAAAGUUAUAAAAGCCAUAUGUAACAUAAUUGUAAAUAAUAUUGUAAAAACAUAAAAACUAGUCAAUAAUUAUUAAUCUAUCUAAAUAUCUAAAAUAAAUAAACGGAGCAUACAUCCAUUUAAUUUCAGUGACAUCUAUGUAUGUGUGUACGAUAUGUCCUAUGUACCUAUGUACAUACCAUAUGUACUUCAUAGAAAUAUAUUUGACAUUUUCUUUCAACAACGUUGACAAAAUGAUAGCCAUUUUACGGAUUCAAUUUAAUUGUGAUAAAAGUACUGUUUAUUUUUAAGUGACUAGUAUUAUUAUAAUUGUGAUUUUAAUUUCUAUUUGGGUAAAAAUAAUCAUGCUUUUUACAAUCAUACAAAUAUAAAUACCUUUGUGCGAACAAUAUAUGUAUGUUAUCUUAUACUACAAAUAUUUAAUAAAGCAUAUACAUAAUUAUACAUAUAAACAAUUAAUGUUCUAUUAGCAACUACA